AUGUAUCAUCUGGAGACCAUGGACGACUCCAGCUUGUUCAUGCAGUGGGCCGUGGACACGCUGCAGCACGAGCACCCGCCGCUCGCCGCUGCCUACGCCGCCGGCGACAACUUCCCAUCACUGGAAGAGCUCCGCCGCUCGGCGUUGCAGCACGGCACGGCUCCGGCGGGAAUGGCGGUGCAAGAUGGCCACCGUCACUUAGCCACCGAUAGCUGGAGCUCUGGCGACAGCGGCCAUGAAAACACGUCUGCCGCGGUCGUGGAGAACGACGCCAACUGCGCGACGACCUGCAGCGUCGGCAGCAGCAACAACUACCUGCCCAUGAGCUGGAACUUCACCUCGGCCGUGGCGCAGCCGAGCAACGAGGCGGCGCCAAGCCCCGCCACCGCUCCCUCAGCUAGAGCGCUCGACGGCCCCGGCGUGGUGGAGCAGGCCCACGUGUCGCCGCCGUCGAGGAGAGCCUCCGCCAAGAGCGCCGCCAGGGCCGGGCACGCGCCGUACGCGCAGGACCACAUCAUGGCGGAGCGGAAGCGCCGGGAGAAGAUCAACCGGCGGUUCAUCGAGCUCUCCACCGUCAUCCCCGGCCUCAAGAAGAUGGACAAGGCGACGAUCCUGUCGGACGCCGUGAGGUACGUCAAGGAGCAGCAGGAGAAGCUCAGGGCGCUCGAGGACCGCAACCGCAGGAGCGCCGCCGUUGACUUGGUGGUGCUCGUCAAGAAGUCGCGCGCCGCCGUGCCGGAAGACGAUGACGUCGGCGGCUGGUGCCCGUCACCAUCUGCAGGGGCGGUAGCCGGAAGCACGACGGCGACGACGACCGGGAGCGCGCUGCCGGAGAUCGAGGCGAGGAUCUCGGAGAGCGACGUGAUGGUGAGGAUCCACUGCGAGGACGCCAAGGGGGUGCUCGUCAGGCUGCUCGCCGAGGUGGAGGGGCUACACCUGAGCAUCACCCACGCCAAUGCCAUCCCGUUCCCCGCUUGCACUCUGAUCAUAACAGUUACUGCAAAGGUGGACGACGGCUUCAGCGUCACGGCGGAGGACAUUGUUGGCAAGCUAGAGGCGGCGUUGCCUGCAAAUAAAUUACUUCUCGUCACGCGCGCAUGA